UUUAUUACACAAGUAAUUCGGCAAAUUUUCGUUCUUGUUUUACAAAGAAAAUUUUAUUUAUUAAUCUACAAGAGUUACAACUUAACCAAAAAUAUAUUCGAUAUGAUUUUGUCAUAAGCAGUACAGCAACUUUUAGGAUAGUUAGCUUAAAAUUUGAGAUUUUGUUUAUUUACACAGGGAUUUAACAUACGCAACUUUUGAAGAAUAUUUAGCCAAAUAUAAAUUGAAUCUGCAUAUUCAGUAAAAAAUGGAAUUUGCCUUAAAUCCCCCUACUAAUAUUCAGUCAGUAAUCAACUUUCUUGGAUCUAAUGGUUAUUUCCGAACAUUGGGUGUUUUAAUGGAGGAGAUUAAUAUGCCCAAUCCAAUCCAACAAAUACCGGGACCUAUGUGGUUUAGGUUUGCUUUUUUAAAUGCCUCUACUAGCCAAAAUCAAGCCUGUGUAAGGAAGAAAGGAAAAUUCAGCUGGCAUGUAAAACUCGUGCUAGGCGGGGAUCUAUUAUAA